CGUUUCAUCCCGCUCACAUUCCCAUUCUUACUUUACUCAUCCACACUACUACUGUCUUUUUCGAUCUUCAUCUCGAGCUCCAAUGGAGGUCUUGGAGCUUGGAAGAUAGAUUCAGGUUUUACUCUGAUGCAUUUGGGUGAUUUAAUCUUCUUUGAGACCUCCAAAUAUGAGAAAAGAAGAAAAUCACAUCAGGGUUAAUAUUGGAGAAUUCCCUGGUAGAAUUACGCGUGCUCGGGCUGCUGCAUUUAGUGCAUCAGCACAGCUGCCUCCAAGAGUACCUGCGCAACAACAAGAGAAGCGGGUUGCACAAGCUAAUCGGAAAAGAGCUGCUUCAGAAGAAAAGAGCUGCCAUUCUAUUGAUAAAUCAUUACGACCAUAUAAAUGGAGGGCCGUGCUUCAGGAUGUCAGCAAUGUAUGCUGUGAACCUUCAUACUCGAAAUGUUUUGAUACAGCUAAAGUUCAGGCCAAUUGUAGUAAGCCGACUAUCAGAAACCGUUUCAAGAAGUCCAAAGGAGCUUCAUCAGUUUGUGUGGCUAACUCCAAAGUUCCUCUUGACCGUACAACCGAAGGAGCCUCAUCAGUUGAUGCGGUUUACUCCAAGGUCCCUCUUGACCUUGGAACAGAAAAUGUACAAGAAAAUGUCAAAUCAAAAGCUAAGUUGAAAGUUGAACAUUCAAGUAAUUCUGAAGACCAUGGGACACAUCAUCAGGUAGGCGGUGGUAUAAAGGAAGAGGUCACAAGUUAUCUUCGGGAUGAUAAUUCGAGAUCUCUAAGUCCUUUAGAGUCUCAGAAUUUUCAAAAUAAAGAGAAAGUGUUGCCUCUGGGGACAAGAAGCAACCUGGACUUUACGGACAUCGAUCGUAAUGACAAAGAUGCUCAACUGUGCACUGUCUAUGCCCGUGAGAUCUACAACAAUUUACGUGUUGCUGAGCUAACCAGAAGGCCACGUCCAGAUUUCAUGGAAACAGUGCAAACAGAUAUUACCCAAAGCAUGCGGGGUAUAUUGGUUGAUUGGCUUGUAGAGGUAUCGGAGGAAUACAAGUUAGUACCAGACACUCUCUACCUAACAGUAUUUUUCGUCGAUUGGUUUCUCUCCCAAAAUUACAUCGAGAGACAAAAGCUUCAACUGUUGGGUAUCACUUGCAUGUUAAUUGCUUCGAAGUACGAAGAAAUUUGUUCCCCACGCGUUGAAGACUUUUGUUUCAUCACUGACAGCACCUACACAAAAGAGGAGGUUUUGAAUAUGGAAGGUCAGAUAUUGAAGCAUAUGGGCUUUCAGCUUUCUACACCAACUGUAAAAUCUUUCCUCAGGAGAUACGUUCGUGCUGCACAAACGACUUUCAAGACCCCUAGUCUUGAACUUGAGUGCCUUGCCAACUAUCUAGCCGAAUUAACACUGGUCGACUACAGUUUCUUGAAUUUUCUUCCCUCGGUCAUAGCUGCAUCAGCUGUAUUUCUUUCCAAAUGGUCGUUGGAUCAGUCGAGUCACCCAUGGAAUUCAACCCUGGAAUACUAUACCUCAUAUAAAGCAUCAGACCUGAAACCAACUGUUCUUGCUUUACAAGAUUUACAGUUGAACACCAAUGGUUGUCCUCUCAGUUCGAUUCGCGUCAAGUAUCGACAAGAAAAGUUCAAAGCCGUCGCAACUUUGUCAUCUCCAAAAUUACUUGAUACGCUAUUCUGAACCGUGUGUUAGACGAAGGCCAACCAUCCACAAUUUGCCAACAGUUACAUAUAUACUUGAUAUAGAAGUUAGAGAUUCUCCCAGGAGUAGAUACUUUUUUUGCCAUUAACUCUACAUGUUUAAGCCGAUGUCUAAUGUUAAUCCUUACCCUUUCCCUAUUAACAUUCUUUCUCUUCACAUUUUUUUGAAGCUUCUGUUUAUAGUUCUGUGACUUUGGUCAUGUUCCUCCCCGAUUGAUGUCGUGGCAGGCGGAGAUUGGCACUUGAAUGUACAUUGAGAGAAGGAAGCUUUGUCUAUAAGACCAUGUAGAAUUGCCUUGCCACCCAAGAUUUCUUUUAUGUAUUUACUGCUAAUCUUGUACUUUGAUUCACUUUGCCAAAGUUUGGUACGUCUGUUUUGAGACAGGAAAAUUCUUAAUGAAUUGUUUCACCAGGCU